AUGUCGACAUAUUUAGCUCGUGAAUCCACUUUGGCUAAUUUUAUGCGAGCAACAGAACAUGAUGAUGUAUUAUUAUAUGUUACUGCAGCCGUUGGUAUUUUCAUGCCUGGGUGUGUUUAUAUCUUUUAUCAAUAUGCCCACAAAUUAUACACCAAAUAUGUCGAGAAGCAUGAAUUACGGAAACGAGAGGAACAGUUAGAGAGUAAAGUGGUGACGAUAUUUUGUGCCGAAGGACAAGGAAAUACUGAAGAACUAGCUCAUCACAUUGGUGCACAUUU